AUGUACUGCGCCCACACACAACCGUUCGCCAAUUGGGUUUUCCAGCACUGGAAUACCGACGCGUGCCUUCUCCCACUAAACCCAGUGACUCUUCCCCACUAUAAAUUUGCUGCAAUCUUCACACCGGUCAUCGCUUCGCUUCUUUCGCUGCAAAUUCCAUUUCACCUGUAUUUUCUGCAUCUCUGAUCAUCAUAUCAUAUUCUCCGUCCAUCAUUGUAGUGUGGUAUGGCGACUAAGAGGAGUGUGAGUACCUUGAAGGAGGCUGAUUUGAAGGGGAAGAGGGUGUUCAUUAGGGUUGAUCUGAACGUCCCUUUGGAUGAUAACUCGAACAUCACUGAUGACACCAGAAUCCGCGCUGCUGUUCCCACUGUCAAGUACUUGAUGGAUCGUGGUGCCAAGGUCAUUCUUUCCAGCCAUCUGGGACGUCCCAAGGGUGUAACACCUAAAUACAGUUUGAAGCCCCUUGUGCCAAGGCUGUCUGAACUUCUUGGAGUUGAGGUUAAGAUGGCAAAUGAUUGUAUUGGGGAGGAAGUUGAUAAAUUGGUUGCACAAACCCCAGAUGGUGGUGUCUUGCUUCUUGAGAAUGUGAGAUUCUACAAGGAGGAAGAGAAGAACGAUCCUGAAUUCGCAAAGAAGCUGGCUUCUCUUGCUGAUCUUUAUGUAAAUGAUGCAUUUGGCACAGCCCACAGAGCACAUGCUUCUACAGAGGGAGUUGCCAAAUAUUUAAAGCCAUCUGUAGCUGGAUUCCUUAUGCAGAAGGAGCUUGAUUAUCUAGUUGGAGCGGUGGCAAACCCCAAGAGACCAUUUGCAGCUAUAGUGGGUGGCGCAAAGGUAUCUACCAAGAUUGGAGUUAUAGAAUCUUUGUUGGAGAAGGUCAAUGUUCUCUUGCUUGGUGGUGGGAUGAUCUUUACGUUCUACAAGGCUCAGGGUCAUUCAGUUGGGUCAUCUCUAGUGGAGGAAGGCAAGCUUGAUCUUGCUACUUCACUUAUUGAGAAGGCUAAGGCAAAAGGGGUUUCUCUUUUGCUUCCAACUGAUGUGGUCAUUGCCGACAAGUUUGCCGCAGAUGCUAACAGCAAGGUUGUGCCAGCAUCAAGCAUCCCUGAUGGAUGGAUGGGGUUAGAUAUUGGACCUGAUUCAGUUAAGACAUUCAAUGAAGCUUUGGAUAAUACUCAGACCAUCAUUUGGAAUGGCCCAAUGGGUGUUUUUGAGUUUGACAAGUAUGCAGCAGGAACAGAGGCUAUGGCCAAGAAACUAGCAGAGCUGAGUGGGAAGGGGGUGACUACCAUCAUUGGAGGAGGAGACUCAGUUGCCGCGGUAGAGAAGGUGGGGCUUGCUGACAAGAUGAGCCACAUCUCUACCGGUGGGGGCGCCAGCUUAGAGCUUCUUGAGGGGAAGCAACUCCCUGGAGUCCUUGCACUUGAUGAUGCUUGCGCAUGAAGUAAAAAAAGAGAAAAGUGCCAAUGAUUUGUGUAUUUUUGUGCUGUUUUAUUGUUGAGUUUUAACCAGUACUUCUUGCCAUUCAAUUAUAACAGAGAUGCUCUUGUAGCGGCUGAUAGGGUAGGUCUGAAAAUAAAGAGAGGUUUUUGUGACUUUUACUGUGAA